AUGCUUGUCCGCGGCAUGAACAGCCGCCGAUUCCUCGAUCGCCUCGAGGAAAACGCUCGUCCAUCACCAGCGGCUGGGACCUUGAAGUCGGCGUCGCGGAACUGGAGGAUCAUCUCGGCCCGGCCCGGCACGAUCGCCGGCGCGCCGGGCUCGAUCGACCAGCUUGCCGACGGUCCAGACACUGCGCGGUCCGGCGACGGCAGGAAACUUGUCCAUCACGUCGUUGUAGAGCCGCAUCAGGGCGACACCGGCAUCCUUGCGGAUCGGCAUCGGCGUCGUGCCGGCAUGGUUCUGGAUGCCGCUGAAGAGACCGGCGCCGACGAUGAUGGCGGCGCCGAUCCAGCCCAGGAAAUCGGGGAAAUCGCCGAAGAAGAGAUAGCCCACGACCACCGAGCCCAUGAGUUGCAUGUACUGGAACGGCGCCACGAUGUUGGCCGGCGCAUAGGUGAGCGCGCGGGCCACGAAAUAGUGGCCGGUGCCGCCCAGCACCCCGAGGCUGCAGAAGUAGAAGAUGUCGCGGGCGCCUUCAGGCGUCUUCCAGACGAAGGGCAGGACCAGGAACAUGCCGAAGCCGCCCACGACCGAGCUGUAGAUCGCCGAGGUCUCCGGCGUGUCGAUGGCGGAGAUCAGGCGCGUCAGGACCUGGUAGAUCGCAUAGCAGGCCGCGCUCAGCAGCGAGAGCAAGGCUGCCCACUGGAAGACGGCGCUGCCCGGCUGGAUCAGGAUCAGCACGCCCACGAAACCCACGCCGAGCGCCACCAUGUGCGUGCGCGAGGCGCGCUCCCCCAGAACCAUCCAGGCCAGCGGCAGGACCAGAAGCGGCGCCAUCAUCGUAAUCGCGGCGGCCUUGCCGAGCGGUAUGUAGACGAUGGCGAGGAAGCUCGCGACGUUGGAUGUGAACAGCAUGGAAGAGCGCGCGAGUUGCGUACCGAACCUCCGCGUACGCAGCAUGCCGAGCCCGAAACGGGGCACGAAGAAGAUCAGCAUGUAGACGAGAUGCCCGAAGGCGCGUGCCCACGAGAUCUGCAGGGUGCUGUAGUCGGCGCCGAGGAACUUCGCGAAGCCACUCAUGAUCGGGAACAGCAGGCCGGCGCCGCACAUGAAGAGGAUGCCGGCCAGAAUGCGCUGGCCGGCCGUCGGGCGCGAUCAUGA